AGCUGAGGUCAAAAAGAGGGUCUCUGAUCCCCUAUAAAAACAGACACCAGGUCAGCAGAGAAGAUGUAAGACCACCUUCCAAUCCAGAGAGAGAAGGAACAGAGAGAGAAACCCAAAAGAUUUUGUGCUACAUCUUCAUCACCUGUUCUCAUUCUUUAGUUUCUGGGCAAACUUACAUCCCACUCUAUCAUUGUCAUAAUGUGUAAAGCUGCAGUAAUCACGGUUGCCCUGCUGGUGGCGCUGGUGGGCAGCACUCAGGCUACAGAGGGUCACCCCUUCUAUGGAGUGAAGCUGUGCGGCAGAGAGUUCAUUCGAGCGGUCAUCUUCACCUGCGGAGGCUCUCGCUGGAGGAGAUCUCUGGAUGUGUCCGGUGACCUGUCCAGCGAUCUGCUGUCUGCUCACAACGAUGAGGCCUCUGAAAGCUGGAGCACCAACCCCAUCACUGGACCCUCCUCCGGCUGGGCAGGAGAGGGCCAGGAGGGCCCCGUGUUCAGCCGCCCCGCCCGCUCGCUCAUCUCAGAGGAAGUGCUGGAGGCCUUGCGCACGUCAGACAGGAAAGGGCGGGAUGUGGUGGUAGGGCUGUCGAACGCCUGCUGUAAAUGGGGUUGCAGUAAAAGUGAGAUCAGCUCGUUAUGUUAAAGGACAAUUUGUUCAAAUAUCUCCAUCCUUCCUUUUCUUCUACCUCUUUUCCAUCCUUCUCAAAUGUGAAGAAUGAGGGUGGAGAGGUCAUAAGGGGGUGGAUGGUUUUUCUUUGUAUGAAGUAGUGAAAAUACACUUGUUAGAACUUGUUGCCUUGUGUCAAAUAGGUAGGAAUAGCAGAAUUUAGCCAAAGUGAAGCGUCUGUCCAUUUCUGUGUCUGUCACAUGGUUCAGAAUGUUCUCACCGUGUCUACCCAUGUGAUGUUCUUGUGAGGUCAUUGAUUUAGUAACAGCCAUCUGAAAUAAACUUUUGUUUGCAUAAUGCGGUUUCUACAAUGAUUUUAAUGUAACGGUUGAAGAAUACAAACUUUAAAAGUAAUUAUGCCAUUUUCGCUCUUAUGAACAUUAUUUAUCAGUAGUUUGGUGCCGCUAAUGGGCCUUAGCUAACCCUUCAGCUAAAUAUGAAAAAACUCU